AGAAAAGAGUAAGUGAGUUCUAUGAUGUUUAAGGUGAUAGUAUAGAUAUAUGUGUUAAAUACACGAUCAUAUAUGUAUAUAUAUGUAUAACAAUCCAACGACUUGCAUCUUUGAGGGAUGGUUAAGGUUCGGCUAAGUUCGGAUUCAUAGCCGAACUUAUCCGAAAACUAUAUUUCGCUGGCUACUGGCUACCUUCACCAUGGGUGUUUUCACCUCUCCGUCGGUUUGUCAUGAAAAAUUUGUUCGUUUGUCGCGUUUGUUUCUGAGAUAAAUAAUCUUAGACGUGUCUCGAAAUAUUAUACGGAAUACGUUCAUUUCGUAGUUGUAUUUCUUGAGAAGAAAUUCGACGUGUGUUUUAUUCCUCACAGUUCUCAGUGUCGCACAUGUGAAAAUUAGGAUUUUGACGGAUCUGAUUUAAUGCAAUGGCGACGUUACUUUCCAUUAUGUUGUUCACGUUUUUUUUAACCGUCGGUUGUUACUGUGCUCCUGAAAAUUCUUGCAACUAUGCAAUGCCAAUGCAGAAAAAUCAACGAUAGGGAAAGAAUGAUCUUCUUCGGGUAUAUCGACGAAAGAAAUACAAGUUUCUUGAGAAGAAGAGGAGAAGCUUCGAGAAAAAAGUUGCCGAUCUUACAAAUUAUAUCAAAUUUUAAGAACCCAUAUUCUUAGUGAUCUGUAUCCAAACAUUUUAAAAACCAAAGUGUAUUUUAGUGCUUAUUUUACAUAUUUACAUCACGAAAUGUGUAUUAUGAAAAUUUCAUAUUCACAUCAUCAUAGCUCAAUAUCCAUGAAAAAAGACCAAACGUAAGAACAUUGGAGGAACAUUUGCAAAAAGAAUUGUCAUAUUUCAUGACUCAGUGACAGUGAAUUUAUAUAGUGAACAAGUUUGAUAUUACAUACAAAAAAUGGGUAAUUGUUUCAGCAGUCCAACAGAUACAGAAAAAGAGAAGCCUGAUAGAAUAGGCAAUCCUAAUAUAGAAGCAGUUGCAUCUCCAGCUAGUCCAGUGCCAACACCACCUCCAGAUCCUAUAAGGCCUAUGCCACAAAUUCCAGAUGCAGAUGUGCCAACUGCAAAAAUUUUUGUUGCACUUUAUGAUUAUGAUGCACGUACUGAUGAAGAUUUAAGCUUCAGAAAAGGUGAACACUUAGAAAUCUUAAAUGACACUCAAGGAGACUGGUGGUUAGCUAGAAGUAAAAGAACCCGACAAGAAGGAUAUAUUCCCAGCAAUUAUGUUGCAAAAUUAAAGUCUAUAGAAGCAGAACCAUGGUACUUCAGAAAAAUUAAACGAAUUGAAGCAGAGAAGAAAUUAUUGCUUCCUGAAAAUGACCAUGGUGCAUUCUUAAUUAGAGAUUCUGAAAGUCGACACAAUGAUUAUUCUCUUUCAGUACGCGAUGGUGAUACAGUUAAACAUUAUCGCAUUAGGCAACUGGAUGAAGGUGGUUUCUUCAUUGCUAGGAGAACUACAUUCAGGAACCUUCAGGAUCUUGUUGAACAUUAUAGUAAAGAUGCUGAUGGACUAUGUGUAAAUCUCUGCAAACCCUGUGUACAGGUUGAGAAACCUGUAACUGAGGGUCUUAGUCAUCGCACACGAGAUCAAUGGGAGAUUGAUCGUUCAUCUCUCAAAUUUGUGAGAAAAUUAGGCCAAGGUCAAUUUGGAGAAGUAUGGGAAGGAUCCUGGAAUAAUACAACUGCAGUAGCAAUAAAGACACUCAAACCAGGAACUAUGGAUCCUAAAGAUUUCUUAGCAGAAGCACAAAUUAUGAAAAAACUUCGUCAUGCAAAAUUAAUUCAAUUAUAUGCUGUUUGUACCUUGGAAGAACCUAUUUACAUUAUUACGGAAUUGAUGAGGAAUGGUAGCUUAUUGGAAUAUCUGCAAGGGAAAGGAAAAACAUUAAAUUUACAACGAUUAAUUGAUAUGGCUGCACAAAUUGCAGCAGGUAUGGCGUACCUCGAGUCACAAAAUUAUAUCCAUCGAGAUUUAGCUGCUCGUAAUGUGUUAGUAGCAGAAUUAAAUGUUGUGAAGAUUGCAGAUUUUGGUUUAGCUAGACUUAUUAAGGAAGAUGAGUAUGAAGCUCGAAUAGGUGCACGUUUUCCAAUUAAAUGGACUGCACCUGAAGCUGCAAAUUAUAGCAAAUUCAGUAUUAAAUCGGACGUCUGGUCAUUUGGUAUUCUUUUGACUGAAUUGGUUACUUACGGUAGAAUACCAUAUCCAGGUAUGACAAAUGCUGAAGUUCUUCAUCAAGUAGAACAUGGAUAUAGAAUGCCAUGUCCACCUGGUUGUCCAACUGCACUGUAUGAUAUUAUGUUAGAAUGUUGGAACAAAGAUCCAAUGAAGAGGCCAACUUUCGAAACAUUACAAUGGAAACUGGAAGAUUUCUUCACUAUGGAAGGUUCUGAAUAUAAGGAAGCCUCUGCAUAUUAAUGUGCGGAAACAAUUUAUAAUUCUUAUAACAUAUUUGGUUAUAAUAUCUAUCAACAAAAUAUAAUAGAUAUUCUGUAUGAAUGUGCAACGAGGUAAAUGCAAAUUAUUAUAAUUAACAAUUAUAUUCAGAAUACGGAUGUUUGUGAUAUUUGAGAGAGUAUACUUUAUACUGAAGGAUAUAUAGUUUUCUUUUUAUAAACUAUAAAUACGGUUUAUUUUUUUAGCAAUAUGAUUAUGUCAAUCGCUUUUGUUACAUAUUCUGGCUGCCAUAAAAAGUAGAACAAUUUUGUCAAUUCACGAAUGAUUACACAUAAACGAACAUUGAAAUGUUAAUUAGUGACUUUUAAAAGCAAUGAUGUAGUUCAGAUUUUAUUUUAAAAAAUUAUAUUCUGGACAUGUUGCUAUUAAUACUAUCUUUUGGACAAUAUCUAUGGGAGUUAACAUUUUUAAGCUAAAAAUUUAUUAUUUACUAAUUUUGAGAUGAUUAAAUGCAAAUAUUAUGAAUUAAGUGAAAAAUUUUCAGACACAGCCAAUUUAAUUAAACUUUUUCUUAAAAAUGGUUUAAACACUUAUUAUAUAAUAAUAAGGAUUAUUAUAUAAUAAUAAGGCUGUCUUGAUUCAUCAUUCUUAUUUAUUUCUAUACGUACUCAUAUUUUUUUUAUUAUUAUUUUUACAAUUGUUAAUUUAUUUGUUAAUGACGAACAUGCAAGUAUAACAUAUUUUGUGUUAAAAAUUCAUAAAACGUAUUGUGUGAAAACUUACAAAUGACUUAUUAAGCUAACAUAAAUGUAAGAUAAAUUUUGUCAAUAUUUAUAAUUCAUUAUUUUUUUAAUACGUUAACUCUCAAUUAUUCUUGAAAAAAGCACAUAUUAAUUAAAAGCAAUAUAUCUAAUCUAAAAAUUAUUCCUAACUGUUUAUAAGAAAUAAGAAAAUAUAAGAUGUAAGAUAACAUAAGAAAGUAUACAAGGGUAUUAAUAUUAUUAUAAGAGCACGUAAACUAUUAUAUUUGAAUUUUUUUUAUUUAAUAGCAUAAAAUAAGGUAUAGUCUUUGAAUUCCAAAUUAGUAUCCAUUGUUAAUAACUACUCAGUUGAUCGCAUCUUCAUAUUAAUUCAGUUUAUUAUUGCUAUUUCUUACUUUCAAACUCAAAUUUUUCAUUUUUAUACAUUUGUACACCAGAUAUAUUAUUAUUAAUUUAUUAAGUUCUAAAAUUUUAUCUUUUAUUAAUAUUUUUAGAAAUUUUAAUUUCUCAAUUAAGUGACAUACAAUUCGUAGAAAUAUACUAUAAUUGUUUGUUUCAUUUCGGCUUCUGCAAGAAUCUUUAGAAUAAAUAGAGCAAACAUAUAUAAAUCUUAGCUUAUCUUAUACUUGCAUUUUAUUACCGUAUUUAUUAUUUACUUUUUUUUCGAAAAAUUUACAUAUAAUGUAUACUUCUCAAAAUUGUAUAAAAAUUUAUUUCAUUUAUAAAAAGACAUUAAGAUAUAUGUGUAAAGUAAACACAUAGAAUUUAUAUAUUUGGUUUUUAUAUGAAUGAAUAUACAAAAAAGUGAUCAGAAAUAAACAAAAUUUGUCUAGUCAGAGACCACUCUUCUAUUGUCACUAUGGUGUUGAAUGCACCAUAUCUUCAUGAACAUAAGACAUACUGCCAAGUAAAUAUAAAAAAGAAACAUUUACCAUUAUUUACAACUACUAUUGUUAUUUAGCGAACAAAUAACAAAUAAAACUGUAUAAUGACAUAACGUUAUACGAAUAAUUAAAACAAAAGGAAAACAUUACUUAAAAUUAAGUAAAAGAAAAUUUAAUUAUUCUGUGGUCAUCUGAUGAUUAAUUUAUUACCAUUAUUUCAAGAAAUUACAUUGCUUGUAAUUAAAUAGUAUUGCUGGUAUUAAAUAGUAUUAAACUGAUGAUACUAAGAAUUUUAAAAAUCAUUUAUGAAUAUGUAUGUAGAAUAUCAGGCACUUUGUACAAAAAUAAAUUUUUAUAUAA